AUGAACGAGCUCGACGAGCUGCUCAGCGAUCUCGACGCCGCGGGCGUCGGGAAGACGUCGUCCGGCGCGCGCGCGCCUCUCGCCGCGCGGCACUCCGCGCCGGUCGCGUCUUCGAGCGCGUACGUCGGCGGCGGACGCGGCCCGGGCGCGGGACCGAGCGUCGCGGCGGGCGGAGGAGGAGGAGGAGGAGGAGGAGGAGGAGGAGAGCGGGGAGGAAAGUCUCCGUUGACGCGCGCGCGGAGCGAGGUGGACGACCUCCUCGCGGACAUCGACGGCGUCUUGGGCUCCGGCGCGUCGACGAGCGCGAGGCCGCCGUCGGGACGACCGAUUCCGAUCGCGCCGCGCGUCGCGGACCGGGGGUCCGAGCGGUCGGCGGCGGUCGCCGUCGGCGGCGGCGGUCGCGCCGGCGGCGUUCGAUGCGCGCCGUGCCCGUCCAUCGCCGGCGCGCGCCUCCCCCUCGGCGGCCCUUCCUCGCACUUCGACGCGAAAGCCUGCGACGCGAUGCGAUGCACCGGGUGCGACUUCGACGUCCUGUCGUUCGAGCGCGCGGCGUGGCGAGACGGCGUGGACUACAUGUUUUUCCGGAACGCCUACCCGGACGCGGGGAAGUUGUCCGCGGCGACGGCGACGCGACGCGGCGGACGCGCGUACUGUUGUCAGUGCAGCUGGAGGAGCGCGCGGGAGGAGGACGUGGAGGAGAUCAAGGCGAUGAGCGGGACCCUGCGAUGGGUCUGCGGCGGGCACUAG